UAUAAACCGGGAAACAUAGAAAACCCAUGCAAGAAGUUAUACAAAUGGAUCAUUCUUCUGUUGUUUCAGAGCUAGAAGGGACACUCCUCAAGGACACCGACCCUUUCUCCUACUUCAUGUUGCUGGCAUUCGAGGCGUCCGGGUUGUUCCGGUUCGCCUUGUUGCUAGUCAUGUGGCCGGUGAUCCGGUUUCUCGAGAUGAUAGGUAGGGAGGAGGCGGGGCUCAAGCUCAUGAUCUUUUUUGCGGUGGCAGGAGUUAGCGAAUCGGAGAUCAAAUCAGUGGCUCGAGCUGUGCUGCCGAAGUUUUACGUGGAGGAUGUCGAUAUGGAGGUGUGGAAGGUGUUCAGUGCUUGUGACGAGCGGGUUGUGGUGACAAAGAUGCCGAGGAUAAUGGUGGAGAGGUUUGUGAAGGAGCAUUUGCGUGCUGAUGAAGCUAUCGGUUGCGAGCUUGUUGUGAACCGAUUUGGGUUAGCCACAGGGUUCGUUAAGGGUGAAGUUGGAUCCAGUCAUUCCUGUGACCGGGUGGCCAAGCUGGUUGCAGAGGAAUUAAAACAACCUACGUUAGGGUUGGGAAGGCCUACAUCAUCACGUUCUUCGUUUUUAUCGUCAUGCAAGGAACAAAUGCACCCACCAUUCAUGAUGACCAACCAAAAGAACGAACAACAGCUCCUCCGCCCCCUCCCCGUGAUCUUCCACGACGGCCGACUGGUCAAGCGCCCGACCCCAUCCACCGCUCUCUUAAUCCUCCUAUGGAUGCCCCUAGGCAUCUUACUAGCCUUCUUUCGUAUAACCGUGGGCUUGAUGAUGCCAAUGUGGGCUAAACCCUCGGUGUCCCGGUUACUGGGAGGCAAAGUCAUCGUUAAAGGCAAACCCCCACCCCCACCCGCAGUCCCCGAAAACAACAACUCUGGCGUACUAUUUGUCUGCACUCACCGAACCCUAAUGGACCCCGUCGUCCUGUCCACAGUACUCGGCCGUAGGAUUCCAGCCGUCACAUACUCUGUCUCUCGAUUCUCCGAGAUCAUAUCCCCGAUCCCCACCGUCCGAUUAACCCGAAUCCGACAUGUGGACGCCGAGAAAAUCAAGCGUGAACUCUCCAAAGGAGAUCUAGUGGUCUGCCCCGAAGGAACGACGUGUCGCGAGCCUUUCUUGUUGAGGUUCAGCGCACUCUUUGCCGAGCUCACGGACCGAAUUGUCCCCGUGGCCAUGAACUAUAGGGUUGGGUUCUUCCAUGCAACCACCGCCAAGGGCUGCAAGGCUUUGGACCCCAUUUUCUUCUUCAUGAACCCUAGACCGGUGUAUGAGGUCACGUUCUUGAACCAGUUGCCAAUUGAAGCUACCUGUUCGUCGGGGAAGAGUCCUCACGAUGUUGCUAAUUACGUGCAGAGGAUCUUGGCAGCCACAUUAGGGUUCGAAUGCACCAACUUCACCAGGAAGGACAAGUACAAGGUGCUCGCCGGGAACGACGGAACCGUCAGUUGUACUUCUUUAGCUGACGGAGUUAAGAAGGUUGUGAGGACCUUUAUGCCGUUUAACACAAAGACAAUGAAGGAAUAAUGAUUCUUCGUCUGGUGCAUGCUUUCUGAGUGUUGAGUUUGUAAUUUUUUUCUGUGUGUGUUGAUUUAUUCUUUUUCUGUUUUCUCAAAAUAAAGUACCAGUGUAAUUGAUGAU